GCCUAUAUAAGUACCACUCCUUUCCCAUCUUAAUUAAUAUUCUCUCUUACUCAUCUCUCAUUUUCUUUAUUUCUUCUUCUUUGAUAUUUAAUUAUAACACAUUAAUUGGUGUUAAUUAGUUGUAGUAGUAAUGGGUGUUUUCAACAACUAUUACUCUAUACUCAUCAUUUUUCUCAUUAUCAAGUGUGUCAAUGGCUCCCCAACAAAAUCAUGGACCAAUGCUCAUGCCACUUUCUAUGGUGGUGGUGAUGCUUCCGGAACCAUGGGUGGGGCAUGUGGAUAUGGGAACUUGUACAGCCAAGGGUAUGGGACCAACACAGCUGCAUUGAGCACAGCACUAUUCAACCAAGGGUUGAGUUGUGGUGCUUGCUUUGAGAUGAAAUGUGUUAAUGACAAAAAGUGGUGCUUGCCUGGCUCAAUCAUAAUCACAGCUACUAAUUUUUGUCCUCCUAAUUUGGCUCUAAGCAACACCAAUGGUGGGUGGUGCAACCCUCCUUUGCAUCACUUUGAUCUUGCUCAACCUGUUUUCCAACGCAUUGCUCUUUACAAAUCUGGAAUUGUUCCCGUCAAGUAUAGAAGAGUGAGUUGCAAGAAGAAGGGAGGAGUAAGAUUCACCAUAAAUGGACACUCUUACUUCAAUCUUGUGCUCGUAACAAAUGUUGGCGGCGCAGGGGACGCAGUGGCGGUCUCAAUCAAAGGCUCGAAAACCGGUGGAUGGCAAGCCAUGUCAAGAAACUGGGGUCAGAACUGGCAAAGCAACUCAUUCCUUGAUGGACAAUCACUCUCUUUUAAAAUCACCACUAGUGAUGGAAGAACUCUUGUCUCUAACAACGUUGCUCCUCCCAAUUGGAGCUUUGGCCAAACCUACUCAGGAGCUCAAUUUUAAUCAAAAGGCUUCUUCUUUGUUUUUUGUUACAUUAACAUAAGAUUAUUAUUAAUUAGUAUAGAUAUAUAAGAGAGGACAUAAUGAUGAUGGGAAGUUUUUUUUUCUUCUUUCUUCAUCAUCAUUAUCAUUAUAAGCCUCUUCUUCUUAUCAAUUCAAAGGGUCUUGGAUUUUAGAAGAGGCUUUAAGAAUGAAAUUAUGUAUAAUUAAUGUGUUUGAGCUUUGAGACUAGUUGUGAGGUUAAUCUCUAUUAGUAUUGGUCCAAGCUUUUGCUUUAGAGAAUUACUCUUUUUGUUUUGUUUGUUAUAUUUUGAUUGAUUGAUUGUUGUUGUUGCUGUUGUAAGUGUUUUCGUGUGUGUGACAAUAUGAGUUGUUUGUGUUGUUAGUUUACUUUAUGUUAUUGACAAGUGUUGUUGUAAUGAAAAAUCAUUUGAGACUAA